AUGAAGACCAUUGCAGUUGCUACAUUAGGCCUACUGGGGGCACUGUGUCUGUGCCCUGCUGCAGCAGAUGCCACAAGCACAUUUGACCUUAUGAGGGAAACCGCAGUGAGUUGGCCUGGGUCACUGCCAUGUGGUGGCUGGGACUGUGACUGUGUGUUCAGGAGACAGAGAGGCUGCUGCUGCGUUGCUGAGUCGGUGUUUGCACUGGAGGAAGCGACGUUCAUGCGCAUGGUGCACAUGUGGGAAAGCCUAAGCAGCCUCAACGACCAGCUCGGCGAACUAACAGGGGAAAGGAAAGUAGCGUUCACGGCAGCGAUGGGACCGAUGACAGGAUGCUUUGGGCCUUUCACCAGCAAUGUACCCAUCCCAUACAGUAACGUACAGUACAAUGAAGGCCUCGGAUAUAAUCCUGCACUUGGGACUUUCACUGCCCAGCGUGCUGGCCUCUACUCCUUCACCUUCACGGCUUUCUCAUUCGUGGGGACGGCAGGAGAGCGUCUCUACCAUAAGGUGCAGCUCAUGAAGAACGGCCAGAUGAUAGCUUCGGUCUGGGAGGAUAACCGUGAGGACUCGGAGGACAGUGGAACACAGACGAUUCUCCUUCAGCUCCGCCGUGGUUGUCAGGUCUACGUGGAGCUGCUUUCAGGCCGACUGCUAUGCGGAGACAACCAGGGACGAAAUACCUUCAGCGGCUACCUGGUCUACCCUCUUACAGAGUGA